AUGUCAACCAAUACAAUAGAACAAUUAAUAUUAUUUAAACGUCUAUUUAUUAUAUUCGGUUCGAUAUGUUCUCUUUGGUUGAUUAUUGGAUUAAUAUUUCUAUUGUUUCAAACAUACCGAUAUUUGAAAAUAAAGGCAGAUCUGAAAUUUUUUCCUUAUAAUUAUUCAUUAAAAUUACCAUCGCCAUUAUUAAUUCCGAAUGAAUAUUCAUCGAAAGCAGAUAAUAUUUCUGAUUGUGAUCAAAACGAUGAUGAACCGACAAGUUUUUAUGCGUCAGUUUCAUUUAUUGCGGAGCGAUCGAAAUUUUUUCAUGAACAUGUAAAUAUUAUUUCAUCAUACCAACGAAUACCCGAAGAACAAUUCGUAUUGGCACUUUCAAAUACAGCAGCGAUCUCAAAUCUAUCCUACAGUCAAUCAACAUUAACAUCGACGAACAAACUUGGAAAAUCAUCUCAUCUACACUAUCCGGCUUGUCAAAAUUUUGCUUAUUCUCAUUCAACUCUAUCGUUAUCAAAUAAUAACCUUCAUGAAAAAGUUUCACGAUCAUCAAUGAUCGGUCCUUUAAAUCAUUCUUCAUCGUCGCAUCAUCAAUUCAAUUUGAAACGUCAAUUAUCUCAAUUGUCGACCAACACUAAUUUUAGUCAGCUUACAAAUAUCACGUUCUUACCAUCUCAAUCAUCAUUAAAAACAACAUCACUACCGAUAGUGAUGAUAACCGAUGUUGAUCGUUUACAUACCGAUAUAAUUGAACUUGAAAAUUUCGAACCCGAAAAUGAUUUUCAUCGUACAAAAUCUCAAUAA